AUGUCACUCCCCACACUUUGCUCCAGCAUGUCUCAGCUGGAAUAUGAGAUGACCUGUAACCUCGCUCAUACAAAACCAACGACAACUUCCUACCACACCUGCCACUAUGGUACUCAAGCCUCCAGAACCGGCAGAGCUUACCGCACUUCUGUGGGCCCACCAACUCAGGCGAGUCCGGCUUGCUCCUCCGAAGGAUGGUCGAUGUCAAGCAGGACAUGGACGAACUCUCCAAGCAAGUAUAAGCACAACUACUUGUCGAAGAUGCGGGAAAGAUUCAAUCUAUCACGAUGGCGUAGCAUGAAGUACUGUGCGAGGAAUCAGUGCCAAGGUCGAGCGGCAGCUACGAAGGGGCGAGAAUACAACGGGCUGACUCUAGCAGCAAAAAUCCCCAAAUCCUCUUCAAGUUUUAUACGCAUCUACCUGCAGAUACAACUGCAGUACUUCAGUUCAAAUACCUUCGAACCACCCGCAGUUUCGACACCGACCUUAUUACAGCAAAGCAAAGCAAGCACCAGGUCCCUUCGCGGCGUGAGUGAGGACUGGUUGGUAGGAUUCUUGGGGUUGAGAUUGGAGAGGAGUAGGAGGGAAUUUUUUUUGUACACGCUUAUCAGUUAUGAUCUUUCUCGUGUACGUCGGCAGAUUGCAAGAUGGCUUUUUUUAGUAUUCUUCUUCUUCGGGGUAUCACUGUCGUUAUCUGAUUCGGCAGUAGUACCCAAGGUCCUGCUAACGGCGGCUCCUAGUCUUGUCCGCAUCUGGGUGACGAUAAUGAAGGUCGGCAACAAGAGCGGGAGCGUGCUUGAUGGUGAGAUGUUCUGCAAGCGGAAAGCGCUUGUGGUUCUAGAAUCCAAGAUACUGGCAAUCUCCUAUAGCCUCGGUGGUCAGGCUCGAGACGUGAUGCAUAGAGUCUUCCAGCAAAGCCUUGGUCUGCAUGUUUUGAUAGGGGUGUUUGAAGACUUAGUAUUUGCGAAGAAUCCAGGCGAGGAGACGUUUCUUGUGGUACAGCUCUUGGGCUUCGUCGUCGGCAGAAUUGAGCCUGUGGAGAGUGCUGAAUUCGUUCUUCAAAGAAUAGAUGAUGGGCUUGGCGGCUUUGUAGUCGAGAACGGGUGGAGCUAUGUCGAGAGUGGAAGUGUAUUGGAAUGUAGAGGGAUGUGGAAUGUGGAGAUAAGUUAUCAAUUCUGCAGGAGUGGAAAGUUCGUAAUGGAAAGCGGGAAUGAAAAAAGAGGAAUACUCCUUUUUACGCAAGAUACGCGCUAUAUCGGCGUGAUGCAUACGCUCGCAGUUGCUCUUGCUACUGCUUUCGCCUCAAUCAUCUUCACAUGUGAUGAGUGUAUGCUUGGCUUUGGGGAGGAGGAGGAGGAGAUAGCCUCGCUAUUUCGCUACGCAUCGCGCUGGUAUCCGUCGCGCCGCCUGAGUGUGGUGCUCGGUGGAGAUCAUCUCCGUCGCCGUCGCCGUCGCCGUCGCCGUCUGCUUGCAAGCCGUCGUUGUAUUUUGGAGGUUGAGAUGGACCCUGCAGGGUCCUGCCAGAUUGACUUUGUACGUGCGCCCCACAAGCCCCGCUGGUUCCCGGGGGUGAGAGCGGAGUUCAUCAUCUCCAGCCUCACGUCACCCUUCCUCUUCCUCGAUCAUCAUCCUCAUCCUCCCAUCGCAUCUUCUACUCUUCAUUCAUUCACUCAUUUGCCAACUCUUCCGCAACACCUCACUAGCGCUCGCUGCUUCAUGUCCACCAUGCCGUCUCCUCAAACCAAUCUCCGCACCAUCUCGUCGCCCUGUCCUUCAACGCCAACUCGUCUUCAACAGGAAGGCCUUCUCAUUAGCUCAUUACAGACUUGGCCAGAGAUCUCUCGAGCCAGGCAAAUAGACGUCAUCCUGGAUACCAAAGGUCCGGCAACAACUCUUCUACAUUGA